ACCCCCGAGCAGUGACAUCGCUGCCAGGGACGCUUUUGCUGCAGGAUGGGGACCCGCUCGGGAGACCUGGCUCAGCCCCAGAAUGGGAACUCAGCCCUGGCCCCCACCAGCCCCCAGCAUCCCCCUGGGAAGGAGCUGCCUGCAGCAGGCAGGGACUCCGGGGUGGCUGCCGGGCCCCCCCGGCCAGAGGUGAACAUGCUCUACAGGAUUGAGGACGUGCCCCCCUGGUACCUCUGCAUCCUGCUCGGCUUCCAGCACUACCUGACCUGCUUCAGCGGCACCAUCGCCGUCCCCUUCCUGCUGGCCGAGACCCUGUGCGUGGGCAAGGACCAGCUCACCGUCAGCUACCUCAUCGGCACCAUCUUCACCUGUGUCGGCGUCACCACCCUCAUCCAGACCACCGUGGGGAUCAGGCUGCCCCUCUUCCAGGCGAGCGCCCUGGCCUUCCUGGUCCCCGCCAAGUCCAUCCUGGCCCUGGAGAAGUGGCGAUGCCCGCCUGAAGAGCAGAUCUACGGCAACUGGACGCUGCCCCUCAACACCUCCCACGUCUGGCAGCCCCGCAUGCAGGAGAUCCAGGGGGCCAUCGUGGUGUCCAGCCUGGUGGAGGUGGCCAUCGGGCUGCUGGGGCUCCCCGGGGCACUGCUCAGCUACAUCGGGCCUCUGACCGUCACCCCCACGGUCUCCCUCAUCGGCCUCUCUGUCUUCCAGGCAGCCGGCGAGCGGGCCGGCUCCCACUGGGGCAUCGCCGCGCUGACCAUCUUCCUGAUCGUCCUGUUUGCCCAGUACCUGCAGCACGUCACCCUGCGCCUGCCCGGCUACCGGCGAGGCCGCGGCUUCGUCCUGCUGCGCGUCCAGAUCUUCAAGUUGUUCCCGAUCAUCAUGGCCAUCAUGGUGGUGUGGUUGCUCUGCUACGUGCUGACGCGCACCGGCGUCUUCCCCAGCCAGCCCGAGGCCUAUGGCUACAAGGCCAGGACAGAUGCCCGGGGGGAGAUCCUGUCCGUGGCACCCUGGUUUCGGGUCCCCUACCCCUCAGGCCAGUGGGGUCUGCCCAAGGUGACCUCAGCAGCCGUGCUGGGCAUGUUCAGUGCCACCCUGGCGGGCAUCAUCGAGUCCAUCGGGGACUACUACUCCUGUGCCCGGCUGGCAGGAGCCCCACCGCCCCCCGUGCACGCCAUUAACAGGGGCAUUUUCACUGAAGGCAUCUCCUGCAUCAUCGCGGGGCUGCUGGGGACCGGCAACGGCUCCACCUCCUCCAGCCCCAACAUCGGCGUCCUGGGCAUCACAAAGGUGGGGAGCAGGAGGGUGAUCCAGUACGGGGCUGGCAUCAUGCUGGUGCUGGGGACUAUCGGCAAGUUCACGGCGCUCUUCGCCUCCCUGCCCGACCCCAUCCUGGGCGGGAUGUUCUGCACCUUGUUCGGCAUGAUCACGGCCGUCGGCCUCUCCAACCUGCAGUUCGUCGACAUGAACUCCUCCCGCAACCUCUUCGUGCUGGGCUUCGCCAUGUUUUUUGGGCUGACGCUGCCCAACUACCUGGAUUCCCACCCCAAGGCCAUUCGCACAGGUGUCCCCGAGCUGGACCAGAUCCUGACAGUGCUGCUAACGACUGAGAUGUUCGUCGGGGGAACCAUCGCCUUCAUCCUGGACAACACCAUCCCAGGGACGCAGGAGGAGCGAGGGCUGGUGCAGUGGAAGGCGGGAGCGCAUGCGGACAGCACGGGCAGAGACAGCCUGAGGAGCUACGACUUCCCCUUCGGGAUGAAGGUGGUGAGGAGGAGCCGGUGGCUGAAGCACCUGCCCAUCUGCCCCGUGUUCACCGGGUUCAGGGCCCGGGGGAAGGGCGGCGAGGCGGGGGCCGCGGAGGCGCCGGGCGGCGCGGACGGGCUCUCCGUGUGCACCAAGGUCUGAGCCCGGGGAGCACUCGUGCCCCGGCGCCGGGGAAGCCCAGCCAGGCUCCCACGGGUGCUGUCCCGAGCUCUUUAGCAUCCACCAAGUCCAAAGGCAAAGGGUUCUGGUGUUCAUCUCGAACGCAGGGCUAGGGUAACUCAACGGUGCCUUUUGGGGAUAUCCCCAGCUCCUGGGGUACCGGCCCGGGGAACCCCCCGUGUCGUUGCUCCACCUCAAGCUGCAGCUGGUCGAGACCCCCUCAGCACUUGCUGAAAAGCUCAUCAGGAACCACCAGAGCCCCCAGCUCCCACCCGGGGCCAGGAGCUCCCACACUGUGCCCUUGGCUCCAGCAGGGCAGCCCGGCAGCGAGCACUGGGCAGGGCUCAGGACCCAGCCUGGUGUUGGGAUGCCCCUUUUGAGAUCAUUCCUUAAAAAACAAUAUUAAAAAUUCAAGCUCA